AGAAUUCCUGUGUGUUCUUUUCUGAGGACUAAUACCUAUUUACUCCUUUUGUCAUUUGCCAUAGUUUGUGGGGUUGAGGAGCUUUCUUUAGUUUGUGGGGUUGCCGGUGUGGGUUUUAGGAGCAUAUUGGUGACCAUGAGCUACUUGGGUGUUGGAGUGAGCCCUGGAAAUGUUCCAGUCUACCAUGGCAGCAACCUGAAGGUGGUUGACAAGAGAGUAAGACUUGCAGAGCUGGUUUUGAGGUGUGUGAUUUGUGGGUUAGCGAUUGUUGGUGCUGUUCUUAUAGGGACAGAUAGUCAGGUUAGAGAGAUCUUCUCCAUUCGGAAGAAAGCUAAAUUUACAGACAUGAAAGCCCUAGUGUUUUUGGUGAUAGCCAAUGGAUUAGCUGCUGCCUACUCACUGGUUCAGGUUGUGAGGUGCACAGUGAGUAUGAUUAGAGGAAGUGUUCUCUUCAACAAACCCCUGGCUUGGGCUAUCUUUUCUGGUGAUCAGCUGAUGGCGUACUUGAGUUUGGGUGCUGUAGCAGCUGCAGCACAGUCUGCUGUGUAUGCCAAGAUAGGGCAGAGCGAACUGCAAUGGAUGAGGAUAUGUAACAUGUACGGUAAGUUCUGUAACCAAGUCGGGGAAGGCAUCGCAAGUUCACUCAUUGUUAGCAUUAGCAUGAUAAUUCUCUCUGGUAUCUCGGCUUUCAGUCUCUUCCGUUUGUAUGGUGAAAAUAAAUCCAAGUGCAAUGGAAGAUGAAGAAAGACUAGAUAUAUAUAUAUAUAUGUAGUAGCUUAACUAGAAGAUGUGUGACUUGGUAGCUUGCUUUUCCAUGUAUGUGAAACUUAAUUGGGUGCUUUGGUUCUGUAAAAUAAGAAUGAAAAUCCAUGUUUUUUGCUUUUGUUGCAUUACAUGAUCCAUACGGGGUUAUUUUUAUUUGGUAA